AUGUGUUCUGCACCGAAUGGGCGAAAGAACCGCCCCAGAUCCGCAGGAAACAUUUUUCAAAUCGGUAAAGCUUCACAGAGGGACCCGGAACGCCGAGAAAGCACCGAGAGCACACGCAAGGCUCAGCGCGCGGUAGAAGACUGCAGAAUGACUGUCCAGGAGUUCAAUACUCUGGUGGCGCUGUAUCGUGAGCAGGUCAUCUCCAUUGGGGAGAUAUCUGUGGACUGCCCGUCUUUAAGGGGUGCGAUGCACAAGACUCGAGUCAGAGGAUGCUCUGUGGCACAGGCUGCUUAUCAGAGUCUCUCUGUUAUUUCUGGUCCAGAGGAUGGAGAGAUCCACCCUGAGAUCUGCAGGCUUUUCAUCCAGCUGCAGUGCUGUCUGGAGAUGUACAUCACCGAGAUGCUCAAAUCUAUGUGUUUGCUAGGUGUGCUGCAGCUCCACAGGAAAGGAACGGAACCUUGCCCUGAACCAAAUGUGGACUGUCGGGUAGAUGAAAGCUCAGAUGUCCCUAUUCUGGAGGACAGGUCAUCUUCACCAGUGGAUUUUCCACAGGAUGCCUCGCUGGUGUGUACGGACAUUGAGAAUAUAGAAAGUGAUAUUCGAGAAAUGAGGAAUCUACUUAGCAAACUCAGGGACACUAUGCCUUUACCGCUGAAGAACCAAGAUGAUAGCAGUCUUCUUAAUCUCACUCCUUACCCAUUGGUGAGACAGAGGAAGAGGCGGUUCUCUGGACUUUGCUGCCUGGUUUCUGGAUAA